UACCUCACGGCGCCUACUCUACGUUUCUCUGUUCUCCAGAUCUCUCAUUUCUUCUCCCAAGUCUCGGUUUUUAAACUUUGAUUCUAUUUAUUUACCCUUCGAUUCCUAUGCUUGUAUCGAUUUCUCUGGAAAAUCUAUUAGUGAAAGAGCCGAUUGUGCUCGUUUAAUUCUGAGCCACGCGCGAAUAAAAAAUGUGGAGGAACAUUUUCGGGAGAGCUCCUCUGAGAAAGAUUAAAUUUUUCUCUGCUUUUAGCUCCGGUAAUAGAAUUCGCGGGAUCCUAUCGUCGGUUGAUCUCGGUGGUGUUCGAAAGGGAUUAGCGAUAAACCCAGUUAACGAAUUGGUGAGAUUGAGCUCGGUUCUCCACGGUCAACAUUUUGCGUUUAGAGGGUAUGCCACAGCUGCGGAAGCGAUCGAUUCGACUGACCCUGAAGAUGAUUCCUCUUCAGGGUUUGAAGAAGUCAACGAAUUGAUGAUGGAAAUGGAGAAAGAGACUGAGAGAAUCCGUAAAAAGGCGAGGCUUGCAGCGAAACAGCCGAGGAAAUUAAUGGCGGGAAUGGGAGAGAGGAAAUACUACGCGCUGAAACAAAGACAGGUGAAGCUGGAGACUGAAGAAUGGGGAAAAGCUGCGAGAGAGUGUAAAGAGCUUCUUGAAGAUAUGUGCGAGCAGAAGCUUGCACCAAAUCUUCCUUAUAUGAAGUCUCUAUUCCUCGGCUGGUUCGAGCCUGUUCGCGACGCCAUUCAAGCUGACCUUGAUGCCUUCAAAAUCAAGAAAGGGAAAAUCCCUUACGCGCCUUACAUGGAGCAGUUGCCUGCUGAUAAGAUGGCUAUUAUCACUAUGCAUAAGAUGAUGGCGUUGUUGAUGACGAACGCUGAAGGCGUUGGCGUUGUUAAAGUAGUGCUUGCUGCUACUCAGAUCGGGGAAGCCAUUGAGCAGGAGGCCAGGGUCAUCAGCUUUAUGGAGAAACCGCAGAAGAAAAACAAUGCAACUCCCAAGACGGUCAAUGAUGAAUCAGAAGCUGUGGAUGCUUCAGAAGAGACUUCGACCAAAGAAACGGAAAGGCUGAGGAAACAACUUAAUAAACUGAUGCAAAAACAAAAGGUCAGGCAAAUAAGAGGAAUUGUGAACACACGUGACUCAUUCAAGUCAUGGGGUCAAGAGGCUCAAGCGAAGGUUGGCGCACGUUUGAUUCAGCUAUUGAUGGAAAAUGCAUAUAUACAACCUCCAGCCGAACAGUUUGAUGAUGGUCCACCUGACAUCCGACCUGCUUUUAAGCAAACUAUGAAAAAUGUCACAUUAGAACAUACAAAAUGUAGCAGGAGAUAUGGUUGCAUCGAAUGUGAUCCUCUGAUCCUAAAGGGCCUUGACAAAUCAGCUAGACAUAUGGUCAUUCCAUACUUGCCAAUGCUGAUACCUCCGCUGAACUGGACAGGGUAUAAUCAAGGGGCACACUUUUUCUUGCCUUCGUUCAUCAUGAGAACACAUGGAGCUAAACAACAACGUACUGUAAUAAAAAGAACUCCCAAGGAGCAACUGAAGCCAGUAUUUGAGGCGUUAGAUACUCUAGGAACCACCAAAUGGAGAAUAAACAAAAAGGUGUUAAGUUUGGUGGACAGAAUCUGGUCCAAUGGAGGUCGCCUUGGCGGUCUGGUUGACCGUGAAGAUGUACCCGUUCCAGAGGAGCCCGACAGUGAAGACCAGGAAGAAGUAAAGCAGUGGAAAUGGAAAGUUAAGGAUGCAAAUAAGGAAAACAGCGAGAGACAUUCGCAAAGGUGUGAUGUAGAGCUCAAACUCGAGGUGGCACGUAAAAUGAAGGACGAGGAAGGUUUCUACUACCCUCACAACGUUGACUUUCGUGGCCGAGCAUAUCCCAUGCAUCCAUAUCUUAACCAUCUCGGGUCUGAUCUCUGCCGUGGCAUCCUUGAGUUUUGUGAGGGAAAGCCUCUUGGGGAAUCAGGAUUGCGGUGGCUGAAGAUACAUAUAGCAAACUUAUAUGCUGGUGGUGUUGAUAAAUUUGCUUAUGAGGAUCGGGUUGCAUUUACCGAGAGUCACUUAGAAGAUAUUUUUGAUUCUUCCGAUAGACCUCUGGAAGGAAAAAGAUGGUGGCUUAAUGCAGAGGAUCCCUUUCAAUGUUUGGCUGCUUGCAUUAACCUUUCAGAAGCCUUAAGAAGCCCCUUUCCUGAAGCAGCUGUUUCUCAUAUCCCCAUCCACCAGGAUGGUUCAUGUAAUGGUUUACAACACUAUGCCGCUCUUGGUAGGGAUCAGUUGGGAGCAGCUGCUGUCAACCUUGUUAGAGGUGAAAAGCCGGCAGAUGUUUAUGCAGGAAUUGCUGCUAGGGUUCUCGAGAUCAUGCGGCAAGAUGCAAAGGAAGAUCCUGAAACAUGUCCAAAUGCCAGAUAUGCCAAACUUAUGCUCGAGCAGGUUGACAGGAAGCUAGUGAAACAGACUGUCAUGACAUCAGUGUAUGGUGUUACUUAUAGUGGCGCACGUGACCAAAUGAAGAAGAGGUUAAAAGAACGUGGUGCCUUUGAGGACGAUUCACAAACUUUUCAUGCAGCUUGUUAUGCAGCAAGAAUCACUCUGAAAGCAUUGGAAGAGAUGUUUGAAGCUGCUAGAGCCAUCAAGACUUGGUUUGGUGAAUGUGCAAAGAUGAUAGCUUCAGAAAACAAAGCAGUUUCUUGGACAACUCCUCUUGGACUUCCAGUUGUACAACCCUAUCGGAUUCCUGGAAGACACUUGGUUAGGACUACCCUUCAGGUGUUGACUCUAGCACGAGAGACUGAUAAGGUCCUGGCGAGGAAGCAGAUGACAGCUUUCGCACCAAAUCUUAUUCAUUCCCUUGAUGGGUCUCACAUGAUGAUGACAGCAGUUGCCUGCAACAGGGCGGGUUUGAGUUUUGCAGGGGUGCAUGACUCAUUCUGGACGCAUGCCUCUGAUGUUGAUACAAUGAACAAAAUACUCAGAGAGAAGUUCGUCGAGCUCUACGAAAAGCCAAUCUUAGAAAAUUUAUUGGAGAGUUUCCAGAAGUCCUUCCCAGGCCUAAAUUUUCCACCAUUGCCAGAACGAGGUGAUUUCGAUCUGAGGGAGGUCCUACAAUCGCCAUACUUCUUCAACUGAGUUGCAGUGCACAUUCAGGUUACUGCAUAUCGGAACCUCUAGUACUCCAUCUAACAUUCAGGCCAGAGUAAGUUUGCUUCUUCAUGCCAAUAUAAUAGCCACAUUGAUCAAAGGAAAAAAGAUUCUUUGCAAUCAGCAGCAAUGAGGAAUGUUGAUGGUUAACCUCAACUCAGAGGUGGGCUUAGGGUUACUUGUAAAUAACAAAGAAAAAGAGUGUUUCAAACCUUGGCAUCAGGGAGGGCGUUGGAUCGGAGAGUAUCGAACCAGUGGCGUGGCACUCCAGACAACUUGCAGUUUCUCAUAGACCACAGAAAGUUACCAAAAGAUUCAGUUUCAGCCUGAGGAGUAAUUUACGGAGUCAGUGGUGUAAAAACUAAAAGCCAGUGCUAAAUGAAAAUCAUUUAGCUGGUCUUAGUAGACAAUCAAUUUUCGAUUGACGUGUAAGAUGUGUUUUAGAUUAUAGAGACACAUUAUAGUUGCU